CUGAAGAGCAGCAGUGUCGCAAUGCCCCCUCCUGCUGACAUAGUGAAGGUGGCGAUCGAAUGGCCAGGUGCCUUCCCCAAGUUGAUGGAAAUAGAUCAAAAAAAGCCACUGUCCUCAAUAAUAAAGGAAGUCUGUGAUGGGUGGUCACUUGCAAACCAUGAUCAGUUUGCACUGCAGCAUGCUGACAGCUCCAAUUUCUACAUCACAGAGAAGAAUCGUAAUGAAAUAAAAAAUGGAGCAAUCCUUCGGUUAACAACAUCACCAGCUCAAAAUGCACAGCAGCUCCAUGAGAGGAUCCAGUCUUCUAGUAUGGAUGCAAAGUUAGAAGCACUGAAAGACUUAGCCAACUACUCAAGGGAUGUUACAUUUGCCCAGGAAUUUAUAAACCUAGAUGGUAUUUCCCUCCUAACCCAAAUGGUUGAAAGUGGCACAGAACGAUAUCAGAAAUUGCAGAAGAUAAUGAAGCCCUGCUUUGGAGAUAUGUUGUCCUUUACACUGACUGCAUUUGUUGAGCUGAUGGAUCAUGGGAUUGUAUCGUGGGAUACAUUCUCUGUGGCAUUCAUUAAAAAGAUAGCAAGCUACGUGAACAAGUUUGCCUCGGACAUCUCCAUCUUGCAGCGCUCGCUCGCCAUCCUGGAAUCCAUGGUGCUCAACAGCCACGACCUCUACCAGAAAGUGGCACAGGAGAUCACAACUGGGCAACUAAUCCCACAUCUGCAGGGGACAGACCAGGAGAUCCAGACAUAUACCAUUGCAGUGAUAAAUGCACUUUUCCUUAAAGCACCAGAUGAUAAGAGGCAGGAAAUGGCAAACAUUCUGGCACAAAAGCAGCUCCGUUCCAUUAUCUUAACUCACGUUAUCAGGGCACAGAGGGCCAUCAACAAUGAAAUGGCACACCAGCUUUAUGUUCUGCAAGUGCUUACCUUUAACCUUCUGGAAGACAGAAUGAUGACAAAAAUGGAUCCACAGGAUCAGGCCCAACGGGACAUCAUAUUUGAACUCCGAAGAAUCGCUUUCGAUGCGGAGUCUGAGCCCAACAGCAGCAGUGGCAGCAUGGAGAAGCGCAAAUCCAUGUACACUCGGGACUACAAAAAGUUGGGAUUCAUCAAUCAUGUAAACCCAGCCAUGGAUUUCACACAGACCCCUCCAGGCAUGCUGGCCCUUGACAACAUGCUCUACUUUGCUAAGCAUCACCAGGACGCCUAUAUCCGGAUCGUCCUGGAGAACAGCAGUCGGGAAGACAAGCAUGAGUGCCCCUUUGGGCGCAGCAGCAUCGAGCUGACAAAGAUGCUGUGUGAAAUCCUCAAAGUAGGAGAGCUCCCGAGUGAGACCUGCAACGAUUUCCACCCCAUGUUCUUCACCCAUGACAGAUCGUUUGAGGAGUUCUUCUGUAUCUGCAUUCAGCUCUUGAACAAGACUUGGAAGGAAAUGAGGGCAACUUCAGAGGACUUUAACAAGGUAAUGCAGGUAGUGAAAGAACAGAUAAUGAGAGCACUCACUACCAAGCCUAGCUCUCUGGACCAGUUCAAGAGCAAACUUCAGAAUCUCAGUUACACAGAAAUACUGAAAAUCCGACAGUCUGAGAGAAUGAACCAGGAGGAUUUCCAGUCUCGUCCCAUUCUGGAACUAAAAGAGAAGAUUCAGCCUGAGAUCUUGGAACUGAUUAAGCAGCAGCGUCUCAAUCGGCUGGUGGAGGGCACCUGCUUCAGGAAGCUCAACAGCCGGCGGCGGCAAGACAAGUUCUGGUACUGUCGCCUUUCACCCAACCACAAGGUCUUGCACUACGGAGACCUGGAAGAAAGUCCCCAAGGAGAAGUCCCUCAUGAUUCCUUGCAAGAUAAAUUGCCAGUGGCAGAUAUCAAAGCUGUUGUGACUGGGAAAGACUGCCCUCACAUGAAGGAGAAAGGAGCUCUUAAACAAAACAAGGAGGUGCUAGAGCUUGCCUUCUCCAUAUUGUAUGACUCAAGUGGCCAGUUGAAUUUCAUUGCUCCAGACAAGCAUGAGUACUGUGUGUGGACCGACGGGCUGAACGCCCUGCUGGGGAAGGACAUGCUGAGUGACCUCACCCGCAAUGACCUGGACACGCUGCUCAGCAUGGAGAUAAAGCUACGCCUUCUUGACUUGGAGAACAUACAGAUCCCAGAUGCUCCUCCCCCCAUCCCAAAGGAGCCCAGCAACUACGACUUUGUGUAUGACUGUAACUGAGGCUGCCGCUGGCAUGCACUUGGAAACUGGAAAUCCUGUAACUGGAGAGAGGUUAAAACAAAGACAAACAGAGGAGCCUGAGGGAAAAAGACAAACAAGCAAGCAAGCAAACCAAAAGGAAGCCCACUCGUGCACCUUGGAUUUUGGC